AUGCGCGUCUCGACAUUCAUCACUCUGGCUGCAGCACCGCUGUUGGCUCUCGCUGCACCCCAACAACAGAUCCAGGACACAGCAGUAGUCACGGCUGCGCCCGAGAGCCACAGCACCGCAUCUUUGCCCACACAGACAGUAGCUCCUGGUGAUGCCUGGAACAACGACGCUUCGAAUGUAGUACUAGAACUCCGUCAGGACCCCAACCUGUUGGCCACAAAAGCAGCAGGACAAGUGCCCAUCACCGAAGUCUACUGGAUGGCCGACCACUGGGACUCGGCCCAGAGCACAGAGAUCUGGUCGCAAUUCUUCUACACCCAGACCUUCGAGUCGGCCCCUGGACAAAUGGCCACGGCCGUCUCUGGAAACAUCGGCUUGGGCACACACACUGGAGUCAUUGGUGUCGCAAAGGCCGCAACCGGUGCUGGUGCCCAGCUCAUGCCCAAGGGCUCGCUGUUCACUGCCGCCUUGGGUCUGGCUGGUGUUGCCGCUGGUAUGGGUCUUGUCCUGCUGUAA